GGAAGGUUAGUGGUUCAACCCCUGUAUGAUCCAGUCUACUUACCAAAUAUCCUGGGCAAGAUACUAACUUGAUACAGCCACUCGUGAGUGAAUGAUAGAUAGAAAGCACGAAAAGCAUGGGGGAAAAAAAUGUCCUUGCAUAGAACAAAAGCUAUUUGAUUUGUAUCUACAGAAGAGCAGAAGGUCCGUAUAAUAAUACUGAAAGCACCAAAUCAAGUGUCAAAUCCCAAACUCAUACUAAAAGUGAAUGCAAAACGGUGUCAUAUGUAAGAAAAUAAAGAAUAAAUAAUGUCAGAAUAAUAAACCUUCUCAUAACACUCAUAAUACAAUCUGUUUCACACUGCUGAGGUAAAGUAAUUAGGACGAACUAGAUCAUGCAAGGAUAAUACAAAUGCAGAACUUGCACGCUUACUUGAGCAAAGGAUGUGGUUAGAAGUCAAAACACAAAAGAUUGUGCUGAUACAUGCCAUCAGUGGAAACUAGCCGUAUAAAAGGGUCAUCUUGACACACCUACAAUUACAAAUGAACUGCCAUGAUGCAAGGUCUGCAAAACAUUCUGCUCAUCUAUGUUCUGAGAUGUCUCGGACAAAUUGUACAUGGUAGUGACAUCAUAAAUGGGAAAAAGGCCCCAGAGAACGCAAUGCAGUAUGUGGUCUCAGUGCAGAACAUUGAUGGCCAUAUAUGUGGAGGUUUUCUUGUCACUGAAGACUUUGUGGUAACUGCUGCACACUGUGACGUUGAAAACCCCACACAUGUUGUCCUUGGCAGCCACAAUAUCAAGAAGGGUUAUCAAAUAAAUAUUGAAAAAAAAUUUAAGUCCCCCUCUUACUCUAACAUUUGGUGGGGUAAUGACAUCAUGCUCCUUAAACUGUCUAGGAAAGCUCGGCUCGGAUGCAAAGUACAAAUAAUUCAACUUCCAUGUGCUGAAAUGAACGUAAAAGCAGAUCAAGUGUGCCAGGUGGCUGGUUGGGGAAGAAAUAAAACUGGUGGUGAAAAUGUAGAUGACCUGAGAGUGGUGAGCGUGUCCGUCAUUAACCAAUAUGUAUGUAGGGAACAAUGGCCCGGUCUUUCUGCCAAUGUUAUCUGUGCAGGUGGAUACGGCACAGACAAAGGAUUCUGUCAGGGUGAUUCUGGUGGUCCUCUGGUGUGCAACGGGUUAGUCGUUGGUCUUGCUUCUUUCAACAAAAAUUACAACUGUGCUUAUCCAGAUGUACCCAAUAUCUACACAGACAUCUCCAAACACCUUAAGUGGAUCAAUUGGAUUCUGCUAACUGCAACAUCUUCCUAAAAAUGUGUUUUUGUGUUGCUACUGUAGAAGCAAAAGAUAAAUGAAUAAAAAUAUAAUGGCUGUCUGUCAUUACCAGUGUGAGAAAAUAUCAAUAAAAAUCUA